GGGUGCGCAGAGCCGCUAGCGCACUCGCGCGCUGCGCUGGCCUCCUCCCCGCGCCCGGGCCCAGGCGCGCGCGCGCUUGUUCGCUCUCCCAUUUUUUUUUUCCCCUCCCUCCCUGCCUCUCUCUCUCUCCCUCUCCCUCGAGCUCCCGGCUGGCUGCGGCUCCCUGGCGCUCUCCCUCUCUCUCCGGUAGGCUCACCGAGCGAUGCGAGCUCUGGGAGACAGCGACGCCGCCUCCCGCUAGAGACCUGCCCCUCGGCCCGGCCCCCUGCCCAACCCUGCCCAGCGCGCGGGGGUCGGCGAAGGCGCCGCGGACGCACCGACGGCUGAAGAGCGGCGAUGCACAUGCACUAGCAGCACCCCCUAACUCACUCCCUCCACAUCCCGCGCCGCCGCCGCCGCCUCCUCCACCUCCUCCUCCGCCGCCGCCGCCUCCUCCUCCUCCGGCAGCCGCGGCAGCAGGACCCACCCUGCCCCCCACCCCACCCUCUGUCGGCUCCGGCUGCGGCUCCAGCCUCGACUAUUAUUUUAUUUAUUUUGGGUCGUGCACAAGCCUCAGUGCCUGCAGUCCGCGCCUCCUCGGCCCGCGGGCGCCUCCUCCCUUGGCUCCGGAGCCCCAGACCCCGGCCACCCUCGAUUCGACAACCCCAGACCCCUGCCAGCUGCCGCGAGUCUCCGCUGCUGGAAUCUUGUUAGCGGCUGUCUUUUUGGGGGGUUCUGGUUUCCCGACAUUUUUGUUUCCAGCCCAGGAGAGGAUAUCGUGAUUUUCCCCCCUUGAGCCCAGGCUCUGCUCUCUGGGGGGGUGGGGGGCGCUCCAAGCCGGGGAGCCGUGCCAGCCGAGUCGUGCGGGCUGUGGCAGGGAAGGGGCCACCAUGGGAUGUACUCUGAGCGCAGAGGAGAGAGCCGCCCUCGAGCGGAGCAAGGCGAUUGAGAAAAACCUCAAAGAGGAUGGCAUCAGCGCUGCCAAAGACGUGAAAUUACUCCUGCUGGGGGCUGGAGAAUCAGGAAAGAGCACCAUUGUGAAGCAGAUGAAGAUCAUCCAUGAAGAUGGCUUCUCCGGAGAAGACGUGAAACAAUACAAGCCUGUUGUCUACAGCAACACCAUCCAGUCCCUGGCAGCCAUCGUCCGGGCCAUGGACACUUUGGGCAUCGAAUAUGGUGAUAAGGAGAGAAAGGCUGACGCCAAGAUGGUGUGUGAUGUGGUGAGUCGGAUGGAAGACACCGAGCCCUUCUCUGCAGAGCUGCUUUCUGCCAUGAUGCGGCUCUGGGGCGACUCAGGAAUCCAAGAGUGCUUCAACCGGUCCCGGGAGUAUCAGCUCAACGACUCUGCCAAAUACUACCUGGACAGCCUGGAUCGGAUUGGGGCCGCCGACUACCAGCCCACCGAGCAGGACAUCCUCCGAACCAGGGUCAAAACCACUGGCAUCGUAGAAACCCACUUCACAUUCAAGAACCUCCACUUCAGGCUGUUUGACGUCGGAGGCCAGCGAUCUGAACGCAAGAAGUGGAUCCAUUGCUUCGAGGACGUCACGGCCAUCAUUUUCUGUGUCGCGCUCAGCGGCUAUGACCAGGUGCUCCACGAAGACGAAACCACGAACCGCAUGCACGAGUCUCUCAUGCUCUUCGACUCCAUCUGUAACAACAAGUUCUUCAUCGAUACCUCCAUCAUUCUCUUCCUCAACAAGAAAGAUCUCUUUGGCGAGAAGAUCAAGAAGUCACCUUUGACCAUCUGCUUUCCUGAAUACACAGGCCCCAAUACCUAUGAAGAUGCAGCCGCCUACAUCCAAGCACAAUUUGAAAGCAAAAACCGCUCACCCAACAAAGAAAUAUAUUGUCACAUGACUUGUGCCACAGACACGAAUAAUAUCCAGGUGGUGUUCGACGCCGUCACCGACAUCAUCAUUGCCAACAACCUCCGGGGCUGCGGCUUGUACUGACCUCUUGUCCUGUAUAGCAACCUAUUUGACUGCUUCACGGACUCUUUGCUGUUGACGUUGAUCUCCUGGUAGCAUGACCUUUUGGCCUUUGUAAGACACACAGCCUUUCUGUAUCAAGCCCCUGUCUAACCUACGACCCCAGAGUGACUGACGGCUGUGUAUUUCUGUAGAAUGCUGUAGAAUCCGGUUUUAGUUGAGUCUUCACAUUUAGAAUUUGAAAGGAAAAACAGAACAUUUCUCAUGUGCUUUGUAGCUUAAAAAAAGGAAAACUCACCAUUUCAUCCAUAUUUCUUUUUCUUGCAAAACAAACAUACCCAUCUGCACCGACGCCUGCCCCCGUCCCACCUCGCGGCGCAGCCCCUGGCGCUCCUGCUGGGGGGCAGGGCCCAUCUGCCGCCUGGGGCUCCGGUGCGGUGCACUGGUCCGAGGAGUGUGCUCAGGCCAGGCUUUCCAGAAGGCCACAGGCCACUGCAAACCCUGCUGCCUGCCGGCCGCCCAGACACCACAGACGCCACCUGGCGGCCCUAAGCCACUCCCGCCACACGCUCACUCCAGGUUCGUAUAGAAAAAGCACAGCUCUCACUGGCCAGUAGCUGCCAAAAAGAACACCCAUCGUACAAGGAAAUCCAGCCCCAUAGAAAACAAUCUGCCCACCGACCCCCUUUCUAAGGAUAGCCUUUGUAGGGGUUUUUUGUUUCCUUUUUUUUUUUUUUUCAGUUUUUGUUUUUACUUUUGUCCUGCCGAGUACUAUGUAUUACCAGCCCCCCACCCCACAGAUCAGUUUUCCUAGUCUUUGGGAAACGGGUUGUGUUUUUUUUCCUUUGCCGUGUUGGAUUUCCGGUCCCGGCUGACACCCCCCUUCGUGUGUGCGCCCCUCCCCACCUCUGCCUUUGUUUCGGUGCCCUGUGUCUGCUCUCUCAUGUGGGGAUGUUUGUGCUGCAGACAAAAAGAACAAAAAAAAAUUUUUAAAUACCACAAGAUGGAAAAAAAAAAACAAAAAAAUUUAAAAAGAUGGAAUGUAGUGUUUACAUUAAAGCCGCCGUUUUCAUGACCAAUCCUAUGUCAUUUCUACUUUGACUAAUACCCAAACCCUAAACCUCUUCACGGUUUCACUUUUAAGACUUAAUCUUUGCUGAAGAAGACCAGUCACAGCCAUUUCAAAUAAAGAGGAGGCAAAAAGACAAAACACACAAAAAAUUUUAAAAAAACUUAAAAAAAAAAGGAAAAAAGAAAAAAAAGCCCACGGGUCUUUGUAAGCCUUUCUAUUCCCAAUCGGUGAGGUUUCUGUGAUAUCUUACACACUGCCAGUCUACUUCUCUGACUAAUGGAAAAUUCCUGUGUAGCUCAAUAAAAGAGAAUGUUUGUCUGUA